AUGGGUUUCCGGCACAACAACGUUCUCCACGACAACCACUUCAGGAAGGACUGGCAGCGCCGUGUCCGUACAUGGUUCAACCAACCCGGCCGCAAGCUCCGCCGACGCAAUGCCCGCAAGACUAAGGCUGCUGCCCUUGGUGUCCGCCCCUUGGCUCCCCUCCGCCCCGCUGUCCGUGGUCAGACUGUACGCUACAACAGGAAACUGCGCGAGGGCCGCGGCUUCACUCUCGCUGAGUUGAAGGAGGCUGGCAUUGGGCGUAAGGAGGCCCGGGGUAUCGGUAUCAUCGUUGACCACCGCCGGAGAAACCUGAGUGAGGAGGGCAAGGCCUUGAACGUGCAGCGGUUGCAGGCGUACAAGGAGAAGCUCAUCGUCUUCCCCAAGAACGCCAAGAAGCCUAAGAAGGGUGACUCGACUGGCGACGACCUUAAAGCCCCGACUACCCGCGCUGCCCUCCCCCUUCCCACCCCCUAUGAGCACGAGGCUCCCCGCAAAAUCACUGGUGAGGAGCGUGAGUUCGAGGCCUACAAGACUCUGCGUGAGUCAUGGGCUCUCCAGAGACACGAGGGUAAACGUAAGGCGAACGCCGCCAAGAGAGACGAGGAGGAGGCCAACAAGAAGAAGUAA